CUAAGAGGAAACUUGCGGUUAGUCUAUUUUCCCCCAGUAUUUUUAUAUUAAGUUUUCUAUUGUAUAGGUACCUACGCAGGUUACGUCGACUGAAGUUUUUUUUUUAAUAUUUUAACGUUGUAUAACUUUCAAUUAGAUAAAAUGUGUUUUUUAAAUUUAAAUCGUGAUUUUCGUACCGUGAGAAUGAUCACUUUCAUUAAAGCAGUCAGUAGAACGAGUAUAUGUAGUUGUUUGUUCCUGUUAAGUCUUAAUAUCUAUGUAAAUGCUUUGCAUACGUCAAAUCAUUCCACACUAAGCAGACGUGAAAAUAUUAUUAGUCACUGUAAAAUAUCGGAAUUUCAAUGCGAGAAUCUUCAAUGUAUCCAUGCGUCAUUUAUUUGUGAUGGGAUACCUGAUUGCGCAGAUGGUUCCGAUGAAUCAUAUGAAAAUUGCCAAAACACGAUAUGCAAUGAAAAAUUUUUCCAGUGCGAUUAUGGAGGUUGUAUACGUCAAGAAUAUCUAUGCGAUGGCUUGAAACAAUGCGUUGAUGGAUCUGACGAGUCACCACAAAUAUGCAACGUUACCAGCGACGAAAUUAGAAGAAAACGAGCAGCAAAUGACUACUGUACCGCACCCCCUCAAUCACCUGAUAAAACAAUCACGUACCUAUGCAAUGGGAAAGAAUCACAGAAUUGUAAUAUCGGCGGAUACGUUAGAGAAUUCACCGUUGCUACGAUAAAAUGUAAUCCUACCUACUCUCCUGUGGAGGAUACCCAUUUUCGGUCUGUUUGCCAUGACAGAAGUUGGAUUCCACAGAUUGACAACUGUUACAGGAUGUGCGAAAGACUAAAUCCUGUAAACGUUGAUCUACAAUGUUACCGUAGAGGUGUGAAUAUUCCUUGUGAUGUCGAUGCUUUGCUGGCAGGGACUACGAUUCGGCCAAUUUGCAAGGCAUUACACACCUAUCGAGAUUUUGUUCCUACUUAUCACGAAAUUACCUGUCAGGAUGAUGGGAAAUGGGAUAAGACUCUUUUUUCAUGUGUUCCUGAAUGUGGAAGACCUUAUACCAAUCCUACUGCCUUAAUUAGUGGCGGUGUUGUAGAACAUUUUGGUGAUUCUCCCUGGCAUGUGGCAGUUUAUAACCAAGAUAGAGUUUUAAUUUGCGGAGGAACUAUUAUAAAUCCGUAUUUAGUCGUAUCAGCUGCUCAUUGUUUCCACGAUCAAGCAAACAAGAGGAAAUCUGCUGUUAAUUAUGAAAUAGUUGUGAGCAAAUUUACCAGAGACUAUAAUGUGUUCGACAAUAAGAACCAGAAGGCUUUCAAGCUAAGAGAUAUACGUUAUUCCAACAAAGGUUACAUAGGAAUAAAUAAUUACUUCGCUGCUGAUAUCGCGAUACUAAUUCUACAAGAAAAGCUGGACAUAAGCCCGACAGUUUUGCCUGCUUGUGUGGAUUGGGCAGGCUUAAGAACCAACAGAUAUCCUCCUGAGAACACACCAGCAAAAGUAGUAGGAUGGGGAAAGAACGAGCAUGGUAAAUUAAGUGAAAAGCUUAUGACAGUCGACCUUCCCUUCAUCAGUCGAGAAAGAUGUUUGAACAAUGUGCCAGAUGAAUUUAAAGCAUUCAUAACGUUUGACAAAUUCUGCGCAGGAUCAGAAGAUGGUCCUGGUGUACUUCAAGGAGAUAGUGGAGGUGGUCUACUGUUUCGAGAAAACAACUUAUACUAUCUUCGUGGAAUAGUUAGCUUGAAACAGCCAACAGCGACUGCAGUUGCAGCAUUUACCGACUUGGCUGAUCACAUUGAUUGGAUUUUGACAGUUCGUAAUGAAAUUGAACGAGAAAUGAUUAAGAAAGAUUCAACACUGCCUCAAAGGAGGCCCUCGCAUGAAAACGCAUGCCAAAAUCAGGCGGACCACAUUUGUGUAAAAGUUCAAAAUUGUCCAUCAGCGAAUAAUAUUAUUGCCAACAAUAUAGCAGUGGUUUGCGGUUACGAUUCGACUGGUGCUGCAGAUAGUAUAUGUUGCCCACAACUUGAUCCCAUUGAUAUUCUGCCUCCGACUUCGGCUCCGAUUCCAUCAACUAGUAAUUUUCCUAGUAUUAGACCUACUGCCCCGCAAUACAAUACACCACCUUCGAUUGCUACCGCACCUCCAUACAAACCUCCAGCGACACGACCUUCAAGACCUCCACAUAACACACCUCAAUACAAUACACCACAAUACAAUGUACCUCAAUAUAAUACACGUCCUCCUGCAGUCACCGGAUCAGAUAACCGUAGACCAAAUUUCCCAUAUCCGUCUGGCACUGCAACACAAACCACAGUGCAGCCAGGAGAAUAUCCACAUACAGCUCUUAUUGGAUAUCAAAGUUCGAGAAGUGAAAGUGACAUCGAAUGGGGCUGCGAUGGUGCCCUAAUCAGUGAAAGAUUCGUCAUCAGUGCAGCACAAUGCGGAAAUACACCAAAUUGGGGUGAAGCAAAAUGGGUGAUGCUGGGCGUUGUUGAUUUAUUUUCACCUGCAGAUGAAGCAAGGCACUCUGUGUAUAAGAUUGAAAGACGCUACGACAGUCCAUAUUACAAACCACCUCAAUUUUAUCACGACGUAACUAUUUUCUUAUUGAACGCCUCGGUUCCAAUUACUCCAUUCAUAAGACCAGCGUGUCUUUUCAACUCCGCUCAUAACCCAUUCAAUACCAAAGCCACUGUCACCGGUUGGAUAACGACAGGUCCGGUGCAACAGAGAGGAACAGCUUUACAAAAAUCAACCAUUACAGUAGUAGAUGAUGAAAAAUGCAGAACGUCUUAUCGUAGUGGUACUCAACGCCUUGAACAAGGAUACGACUCCAAUACAAUGGUGUGUGCUGGAAACUCGAACGAAGGAGAUGGAUUGUGUGCGUCUCUAGCAGGCAGCCCUUUGCAGAUUGCAACAGGAAACGAAACAUGUCCUUGGAUAUUACUCGGAGUUAAAUCAUUUGGAGUAUCUUGCGGAGUACGAGAGAAUGCUCAACCUGAUGUAUUUACCAAAAUAUCGUAUAAUUUGAGCUGGGUUCAGAGUUUACUGAGUUGGACUUUCUAACAGUGUCUUCAGCAAUGAAGAUGAACGUAGCAGAUGAAAAAAAUUUCAAAUCUGGUUUGUACGUUGCUCUUCGACAAAGCAGAUUUAAUUGCUUGAAGGAAUAAUGUUCCAUUCUCAUAGGAAAAAGGGAAAAUGAAUACAUUUUUUUCAUUGCCACAUGUAAUUUGUUUAAGCAUGUCGAAAGACCUUCUUGUUCUUUGAAAGGUGAUGGGAUUCAUGAAGUGAAUUUGUAAUUACGAUGCCUCAACUUUUUUUUAUUAGCAAAAGGAUUUUUUGAGAUUUUCUUCAAGAUUACUAUGUAUAUCAUUAAAUGGAAUUUGAAAUUUAGUUCGGCCUGCUGCAAAUUUAUCAAAAUAUGGUUCAUGUGGUCGCAUAAAGUUCAAGAUCUGCCUUCGUUUAAAAAUGAUAAAUUUUAUUUCACUUAUUUAUUGAAACGUGUACCUAGAAUGAUUCUAUUUUAUUUUUUCAUAGAAUAGAAAUACAAUUUACGAAAUGGUGUUCAA